AGGCCAGCGGGUCACCCCACCACAAGCAGUGUAUCUUCCCUCACACGCACCGCCGCCUCCCCUUCUACGUGUCUCGCCACACACUCCUCCUAUACCAACCUCUAAAGGAGAGUCACUCUGUCCUGCUCCACUGUACAGGCCACAACCUUUAAUCAGCCUGUAAUUAAAAAAAAAGACUGAUCAUUUUGUUCAAGGGAUCUUAACUAUAAUUACCUAAAACGUCAUUUGUUAUCGGUUUAACGUCUUGGUUUACUGAGUAUAACAAAGUAUACAUUGGUAUAUUAUUAACUAUAAAACACUCCAGUAUAUACGUUGGAGGGACCCUUGUGGAGUGAGUGGCUGAGACCCGGUAGAAGUAGUAGUGAGUGACCAGUGCUUGACGCCUUCACCACCACCACCACCAUGAGGACCUCCCUCGCCCUCCUCCUCCUCAGCCUCGUCCCCUGCCUCGCCACCUCCAGGAAGGACCAUUAUAGAUUCCGGGACGACAUGCCAGCGGACGAGGAUGACGACCAUAACAACGGCUACAGCAACAGUAUUCUGUCUCUGUCACGCUGCCGCCACAACUACCACGAGAGGACGGAGGCUGGCAUGAACCGUCAGAUCAACUUCUUCAUGCAUGCUGGAUACGUCUACAACAGCAUGGCACACUACUUCGGCAGGUGUGACGUUGCGCUGCCAGGGUUCCAGAAGUUCUUCCAGCAGUUGACCCAGGAGCAGCGGGAACGAUCUGAGACCCUGAUGAAUUACCAGAACCUGAGGGGCGGCUUCAUCACCCUCCAGCCCGUGACUGCACCCAGCAACUCCGAGUGGGGCAGCGGGAGAGACGCCAUGAUUCAAGCCUUAGACCUGGAGAAGAGUGUCAACCAGGCGCUGCUGGAGCUACACAUGGUGGCGCUACAACACGAGGAUGUCCACGCCGCUACCUACAUCCAGACCGCCUUCCUCAACCCCCAGGUGGAGAAGAUCUUCACUAUUAGUCAAUACAUCACCAACCUUGAGCGUGUAGGGUCAGGCCUAGGCGAGUACAUGUUCGAUAAACUUCCCCAGAACUAGAUCUUAGUACCAAUAGAGCCAGGCACCAUUUUCACCGGGACCAGGCUCCACUCUAAAGGACUAGGCAUAAUUCACCAGGACCAGACACCCUUCAAAAGUACCACGCUCCACUCUAAAGUACCAGGCAUCAUUCACCAGGACCAGACACCCUUCAAAAGUACCAGGUUCCACUCUAAAGGACUAGGCAUAAUUCACCAGGACCAGACACCCUUCAAAAGUACCAGGUUCCACUCUAAAGGACUAGGCAUCAUUCACCAGGACCAGACACCCUUCAAAAGUACCAGGCUCCACUCUAAAGUACCAGGCAUCAUUCACCAGGACCAGGCACCCUUCAAAAGUACCAGGUUCCACUCUAAAGUACUAGGCAUAAUUCACCAGGACCAGACACCCUUCAAAAGUACCAGGUUCCACUCUAAAGUACCAGGCAUCAUUCACCAGGACCAGACUACCAUCACAACAGCCAACAGAUCCGGUGCCCAUACACCUGCUUGAAACAACACACUCAUUUACACUCAACACAACAAGUUCUAGUGGAGGCGACAAUAGACACAGGUAUCAGAGAAUCUUGUGAGGUUAAAGUUUAUCUCUGUAAAACAAAAAAUUAAAUGAAACGAAAGUAAUUACUAAGGAACCAUUAAUCAAAUUGCCAUUUUCAUGUCUGAGGGCUGGCAACCGUGGUCCACAUUUAGAGACAAAAAUCACAUAUCAAGAAGCAGGUCCGUCUAUGAUUAUAUAAAAAAUCAUAUAACUUAAAUUUUUUUUACAAGUUAUUUAUAAACACUGAAAAAAGUAGAUCUUUUGUUUUUUGAAGAAAUUUUCUGAGUUUAAAAGCAACAAAAAAUAAUAAGAAAAUACAAAAACACCAUUUAGGAAAACUAAGCAAAAAAAUAUGAAUGGUUGUUAAUUUAAGACUGAUUAAAAACACUUAAAUAUAUAUAUUAGAAACAAAUCUCUAUUUUUUAUGUCAAGCUUAAAUACAGUACAUAUCUGUUGAGUUAAUGUAUAUAUUACGUCAGCAAGUUCCGCCGUCAUGCUUGAGGCUGUUGCAAAAAAAAAAUAAAAGAAAUCCCUGCAACGUGCAACAUAAUCCAAUACCUUAUACAUAAAUUAUCUUUAUAUCAUUAGUGCCUUAUAUUAUCUUAUACUUUUGUACUUUCCUUAUAAAUAUUACCUAUUAUACUGUUGGUGCCUUAUACUCUCACUUAUACUGUAUUACUUUAUCUCAUCUCUUUAUAAUUACUAUCCUAACUUAUACUUACAACCCCUUAUCCCUACCCUACCUUAUACUCUCAACCUUUUAUACUUACACUGCCUUAUACAUGAAUUCCCUUAUACCUUUCAUCUUGAGCAAAUUUAUCUGAAUUAGAAAAAAAAAUGUAUUCUCAUAAUUGUACUAGUGUAGUCAUGUAGCCUCUUAUAAUUACACCUAGCAUCUUUUGUUUAGUUAAGUUUAUCCCCUUUCUUUCCAUUUAUAUCCUACAAAAAUACUUAAGAUAUAUUUAAGUCUGUCUAUCUGUCUAUCUUUCUUUUACUGUCUGCUCUUUGGCACUUAUGAGACAUUGUAAUAUAGAGGAAUUCGAAUCUAACAAGAGUGAAUUCUGGCGGGAGUUUAAUCUUAUCAUUAUGUAAACUAUUCUGCGUCAUAUAUUGCUGGGACAACAUAUAGCUUCAUUUGCCUCUAUCUAGGUAUAAUAUUGCUUGUGUUUGGAUUUAGAUAGUAUAUAUACACAUUUAUAUAUAUAUUUUUAUGUAUAUUAGUGAAUAUUGACGUCUCCAUGACAGUUAUCAGAAACUCUUCUUACAGUAAUCUAUCAGGAUAAGCAAAUACUUUAAAAGCUGAAUGCAGUGAGAUGAAGAGUGAAUUAUUUCCUUAAUAUAUGCUACAAAUUAUUAGUACACUAUUAUUAGUCUAUUAAAUAUUAGUUUAUGUGCAAUAUCUUGAAAAAAUCACCGAUACAAGAUAUUAAAGGCAGCUCUCAUAUUUUCAAAAAAUAUUUCACGUCUUGAUAUUAUUGAUUUAUUUCCAUUUCGUUUUGUUUUUAUACAUUUUAAGAAUAAUUUGAGUCUUUUUGUUGAUAUAUUAAAGUCAAAACUGUAUGUUGCUUUGUUGCUUUGAUCUUAUUAUUUAGUUGUUGCAGUUACAGUAAAUAAGUGUUGGAACUCCGCUUAUUAUAUUACUAAAUUCCUCCUGGAGAGAUAAAUUCGUAAUUGGAUGAUAUUUAUAUAUAUACAAAGAUUUUAGUUGUGUUUUAUUUAUAUUACAUGACAGCAUAGGUAUAGCUGCUAUAUUAAAAACUUGCCUGAUAAUUGAGUAAAAUUUUAGGCGCUUGAUGUUUGAGCGGAGAUUCAAUGCCUUAUCUUGUCUUGUCUGGAGGUGACUGUAGUAAAAAUCUGGCUCAUGUUAUAGGUGAAGGAAUAUAUUUUAGUAUAUAUUUAUCGUAUGAUGCUUUGCUAUUUUUGUACGGUAGGCGGGAGGAAGGAACUAUAACUUUAGAAAAAUAAUAUUUUUCUCGAGGGGGGAGCGAUUUGUUUUGUACAAAUUAAACUAAGAGAAGAUAAUUACAAUUAUAUCUAAAUAAACCACAGCUUCAGCAUUUAUAAAUGUUAGAACAAUUAUCUGUUAAUACCUACAUUUGCAAGUUCUAUUGGUUGAUUGAAUUAUAUGAAGUGUGAUAAUUGAUCUCUGAAGCAUAUGUUGUUAUUAGGAAUUUAAUAUAGCUUUCCCUCUGAAUGUGUUCAAGUGUUUUAUUAUAUCGAUAUAUAUUGUUCAAUAAGAUAAAUUAAAA